AUGUCACAACCACCCACCGCGAAGUCCACGCAUAUCCAUACAAUAUGGGGCCGAAGGCCCAUGAGCACAAUCAAAAACCGGAUCGCUCUGUUCGUCCCCAUGGCAGAAUUUCAGCUUCAAGAGUUCAUCGAGAAGCACAAGCUCCGCCAUAUAGGUGUUUGGGAUGAUGGAUUACGAUUGACGAUACCAUUGGACAACAAGACGCCGCAAAAAGCGCUUGCAGAUCUGACUGCUCUGAUGGAAAUUGGGAGACUCGACAAGUACUACGAAUUUGUCGCCAAGGCCACGGAGAACCCAGAAAAGAAACUCAACCAAUUCAUCGUGAAGCAUAAGAUCUGCUGGAACAGCAAGUGGGAUAAUAAGCUUCGACUGACAAUAGAACUGCCCAGCAACAAGAGCCCAGAGGAGACAGUCGGAGACUUUUGUGCUCUGAUGCAAGAUGAAGGAUUGGAUAAGUACUGGGAGUAUGUCACGCAGGCUCAUACCGACGAUCCGAACAAGGUCGACCCAAGGGUGUACAAGAAUGAUCAAGAUUUGGAAAGGGAAGCACUCGCAAAUAAUUCGUGA